AUGGCCUCCACCUCGGGCUCACUCCCACCGCUCGUCAUACUCGGUUACCACCUGCGCGAACAGAUCGCAUCGGGCUCGACGUCGCGCGUGUACCGAGCGCGGCACCAAUCACCGAACCAUGCGCACCCCUUCGCAGCCGUCAAGGUGGUCCGUCUCGACGACCGCGUGCACGGCUCGAUCAUGCAGGGGAAGCAGCUCGUCAGGGAGAUGAGGAUCCACGAGACGCUCAAGCACGGCAAUGUGCUCGAGCUGUUUGGCGGGGUCAGUCGCAUGCAAGACAGCGACGAACAGAACGGCUGGCCAAAAGGGCUCUAUCUGUGUCUGGCAUUGGGUGAGAGAGGUUGCAGUGCAACGUACUUGGGUCGACAUGAAUGCUGACUCUGUGUUGCUGCAGCCGAUGGCGGUGAUUUGUUUGACAAGAUUCGUCAGUUUCAAUUUUUGCUCGUUCCCUCUGUGCAACCACUCGGCCAACUACGAGGAAUGUGAUCCUCAAUACUCACGCCGGUACCUUCUUCAAACAACAGCACCCGACUUUGGGGUCCCAGAAGAUAUUGCCCACCUCUAUUUCACUCAACUCGUCGAAGCACUCGUCAGUCGCGCCAAAGCAACGCUUUUUUGACAUCGCGCGCAGCCGCUCCUAUUCUGAGACACGCUUUCCCUUGCGCUGCUCCAUAGAAAUAUCUAGGGCGACAAGGCAUUUGUCAUCGGGAUGUCAAGCCUGAAAAUUGCCUCUUGGAUGCUCAUGGUCAGUCUUGCGUACACCCUGUACUCAUCCACGACCGCAAUGCUAAGACCAGGGAGUUUUCGCAGGCAACUUGAAGCUCUCGGAUUUUGGAUUGGCGACCGUGUUCAAGUACAAAGGGCAAACGAGGUUGUUGAAGGAUCGAUGUGGGAGUCCGCCGUAUGGUCAGUCAUAAUUCGACCCCGGUGCGGUUCAGUUUUAAGAACUGACAUUGCAAAAUCGGCUCUUUAUCCGGCAGCUGCACCCGAGGUGAGGUGGAUCAGAUUUGUUAGCGCGCCGCACCGCAUCCUGAGCUGAAGGAAUUCUCGUGUCCCGUUCCUACCUAGCUCGCUCUUGUCGACCCUUACGCUGGCGAGCCAAUCGACGUCUGGUCUGCCGGUAUCUUGCUCUUCACCCUCCUCGUCGGUAGUGAGUCUCUUUUUUCCUUCUUUAUUUCUUUUCGCUGUCCCGACCCUUCUUCUGCUCUUCUGAUGCGUUUCUGGGGCUUAGACACACCAUGGGACGAACCGACGCGCAAGUCUCCGGAGUUCGUCGAGUUUGUAGAGGGGAGAUUCAGAUCGCAGGAACCGUGGAGACGGAUUGGCGCCGCACCGAUGGGUACGCCCUGGACUUCAUCAUGACUAAGUCUGGCGCCGAUCACUAAUUCCAUCCACUGCUCUCCACCCAUCAUCUCGCUUUUUUCAGACUUUUUGUUGAGGCUGCUGAACGUCGAUCCGAGUCGAAGGUUAGGACUGGAUCAAUUCGGAUUGCACGAGUGGUACAGAAGGUGAGAGAGUGUAUUCUGGGAGACUUGAAGCAAGAUUUGCUCAUUCCUUCACGUGAACUACCUCCUCGAAGAGAAAACGAUUUGCUCGGCCCGGACCGCACAACAGUUGUUCGACCUGCCGAGCUAGCUAGGAGGUUGACGGAUGCAUUGCACAGGACCGGAUGGUUAGGCGCGCCGAGCCAGGCUUAUGUGACUGCGUGAGUCAAAAUCCUGAACUACUUGGCAUGCGCGAAGCUCACUACGUUGCUGUGACGGCUGGGACUCGCUUACGCAGAACGCAAGCGAGCCAACGAGGGCAGCAAGCAAUGGCGAUGACGUUCCAAGGCUCGAUACAACUCUAUGUGCGUUGCAGCGCAUGUCUGAGAAAGUUCUGACGAGUAGGGAUCUGAUGUCGAGUCCGUAAAUCCCGCAAUAGUCUCAACUCUCGAUGGCUCCGACACAACGAUCGAAUCCGCACUUGACCCGAUUCUUCUCCACCCUACCCCUCGAGACACUCGUCCAGUACGUCGACCAAGCUUUCUCUGCCCUCGCACAGCACUCCAUCCAGCAAUCGUCAUCGAGCUCGAACCCUUCAUCAAGCGCGCUUCACGCGAGUGCGGGGUUGAAGCAUGAGAUCGUCUCAAUGAUCGCUCCUACUUCGACGACGACGGGGAAUGCCCCGAGACCUAAACCCAUGGCUCGGUUGAAAUUCGGAAUGAAGGAUCGACGAGGGGAGAAGUUGACCGGUAGUCUGUCCGUCACCGAGUCGGUGCUUCCCGAUCUCACUGACGACCCUUCGUCGAAUACGGGUGGGAUGGCCGUCGACGAUGAGGAUGCCAAGCUGGGGUCCGAGGAUCGAGGGACCAAAGGAUGGGAUGUGGUGAUGUGGAAGAAGUCGGGGGAUCCGAUGGAAUUGAAGAGGGUGUGGAAGUUGCUUUGUUCGUUCCUUCCGGACGGGACCGUCUUUGCAACGUGA